AGGGGACCGUGCCCUAGGGGACAGCAGGGACAUCACUGUGGGGUUUAGGGGCAGGGGGACUUCUCCAUGGGGUUAGGAUGGGGACGGACAGCAGGGACCAUGGGGGACAGCGGGGACCCCACAACGGGGCUGAGCUUUUGGGGGACGGUUCCACGCCCCCCCCCCCACCCAAUGUCACCAUCACCCCCACAAUGUCACCCCCCCUUGCAGACGAGGAUGAGUGCGCCGAUGGGGGGGCCCGCUGCGGCCCCCAUGCCGCCUGCCACAACCUCCCCGGCUCCUACCAGUGCGCAUGCCACCAGGGCUACGAGGCCGCCCACCAUGGCCACCACUGCCAGGAUGUGGACGAGUGUGUGACGCUGCCGGGGGUGUGCGGGGCGGCACGCUGCGAGAACGUGGACGGCUCCUUCCUCUGCCUCUGCCCCGACGGGGGCCACGAGUUCGACCCAGUGACGGGGACGUGUGGGGGAUCCCCACCCAGCGACCACCCCCCCCAAGCCCCCCCCGGUGCCGUGGCAGCCCCCCUGGCGGUGGCAGCGUGCUUCAGCCCCGCCUGCGGGGUGCUGGCGCCCAACGUCACCCAGCAGCAGUGCUGCUGCAGCGUGGGGGCGGGCUGGGGGGUCCGCUGCCCCCCCCUGCAGCCGUGCCCCACUCCUGGAACCGCCGAGCACCGAGCCCUCUGCCCCCACGGGACCGGCCAGGCCACGGGGCCCCAGGGCUCAGCAGCAGAUGUGGAUGAGUGCCAGGUGUUCGCGCCACAGCUGUGCCGGGGGGGGGUCUGCAUCAAUGCCGCCCCCGGCUUCAGCUGCUACUGCCCCAGCGGCUACUACUAUGAGCAGGAGCACCUGCAGUGCGUGGAUAACGACGAGUGCCAGGACGAGGAUGCGGAGCCGUGUGUCGGGGGCCGCUGCAUCAACACGGUGGGCUCCUACUUCUGCUCCUGCGCCCCCCCCCUGGUGCUGGACGGCUCCCAGCGCCGCUGCGUCACCAACGACACCCGCACCAUGGAGGAGGACCCGGCCGUGUGCUGGCAGGAGGUCGGCCCCGACCUGGUGUGCGGGCGCCCGCGGCUGGACCGGCAGGCGACCUACACCGAGUGCUGCUGCCUGUACGGGGAGGCCUGGGGCAUGGACUGCGCCCUCUGCCCCGCGCGGCACUCAGGUGCUGCCGCCGUGUCCCCAGUGUCCCCGUGUCCCCCCAUGCCCAUGUCCCCAUGUCCCCAGCCCCCACAUAGGGGGACCCCCAUGCUGCCCCCUCACAUCCCAGCAAUAGGGACCCCCCCUCUAAACCCCCAUAAUGGGGACCCCAUGGACACCCCCCAGAGCGG